AUGAAUUACAGAGGCACCGACACGAAGCAGUAUAACAAGAGUAAGAAUAAAUUCCCCCUCCUCUUCUACAAGAACAAAUACUCCAGUGCGAAGCAGUAUCUUGGGCAAGGCAGCGGCCCUGUGAAUACACAAGCUGCACAGAAUACACAAGGGGGGCAUAUUACACAAGGGAGCCACUCCAACCAGGGUCCUCACCACGUAGGCGACAACGUCUGCAACGUCUUCCAGGGAAGUACCACGAACAACCCAGGUAGCCUUAACAACAACACCAGUAUGUAUUACAAGAGAAGAAGUAACUUCACUGGAGCGGGCAUGAUCCCUACCAACAGCAUAAGCGGAGGAGAUCUCAAGAACAGCAGCACCAUGAUGAGCUACAAUGACGACAUAUACCAUUUCGAGAAACAGAAGUUGCUUAACGGAGGGGCAACCGGCACGGCUGGAGGGAUGAAUGCAUAUCAUAUGGAUGUCACGCAUGGGAAUAGCACGAGCGGUAGUGUCAACAAUGCAGGAGGAAACCAGGGAAGUGUCCACCCCGGGAGCAGUCACCACAGCAGAUUCUACAACAACAAGAACACGUACAAUUUUCACACCAAGAAGGAAGGCAGACAGAACUACGAAAGCUACCUGAGCUACAUGCACGAUGGAACGAAUAGCAACACUCACGGAGAAGUGACCCACGGGAACAGGAGCUAUAAAAAUUACAACUAUGAUACCAACAGGGAGAGUUACGUCAAUAUGAGUGGCCCCAAGAAUCUGAACCGUUACUACGAUGCAGGAGACGGAACGUCCUCCAUGAACAUGUCGGGCCAGAAGAAGGUAAACUAUUUCGAUGCCAAUGUGGGGAGUGGCACAGGGGGAGGCUACAACCAUGGUGCGACACAUGGAACGACACAUGGAACAACACAUGCUGGAGUGCAUUCCACUGCUCACAAUGGAAGCCGGGACGCCGGGGGACUGGACCUCUACGGUGCGAACGAUCAGCUGAGAAGAGUACUCCCAAGGGGAAAAAACGUCCUGCAAAAUCCAUCCGUCCUGGGCAGCGAAAAGAAAGAACCCAUGCUGAUCAUGAUUAACGGGGAGAGAACCAGCAACGUGGAGGAUGUGCACAAGGUGGGCAUGAAAGUAUUUAAGAAGCAGAAUCAUGCGCAGGGGGGAGACGAAUACGAGGAAGAGGAAGAAGAAGAUGACGUGGACGUAGACGAAGCAGAAGAGGAAGACGAUGUAGAUCUCCCAUUUGGUAAAAACUCACAUCAUGUUGGUACCACCAAUCGAAGUAGCAGCCACCGAGACGGAUACAACAACGCAAAGGAGGUGACCUUUACAAAGAAUGAUGCACGAAAGGGGGUAACCCCACCCAGUAAUAGUGCCAAUUUGAGCAACGCGGGAAGGACAAUCAACGCGAACGGGGACGCAGCUUCCGGGAGAGCAAGAAACCCACACGACGGAGUACCCAAUGUAGAGACAACGAGCAGCAGACCAGAGGUAUCCACCCCCAGCAACCAUCUCACCGGAGUCAACAGUAAAAGUUUAGACUCCACCAACGGAAGUGCAUACAACAUCGCCUACAUGUUUAUAUAUCAAUACUACUACGUCCUGCAUACGAAGAAAUCCAUGAUGCAUAACUUUUACGCGGAAAAUGCCAUUUUGAUGGUCAGUUUUAAUUACCAGAAUGGGGUGGAAAGAAAGGGAAGUGGCCCAUCAGGCAGCGGAGUGGAGAAAAAAGGAGGGGGGAGUGGGGGGUCCCUCCACCCACAGGAUGAUGCGGAAAUGUUUUUCAACCUGAGUCAAAUCAACGUCGAAGGAAGCGAGCGAAGUGGAAACAUGGUAAAAAUGAAGAACAAAAAGAUGAUCGCAGAAUAUUACGACAAACUUGGAAUCAGCGAGUGCACAGUCCAUAUCGAUACCAUCCAAGUGAUCAAUCUGCACGAUGAGAUUUACUUGUACAUACAUGGGAAAAUAAAAAAAAAUAAGAGUACCAACUUGUUCUACUACUUCGUGCAGAAUAUACAUCUGCACAAAUAUACCGUCUGCCAGUACUACGUCGACGUCGAUUUUGUUCAUUACUACUACCUUGACGUGGUAGAGCAGCAGCUGGAGGAUUUGACUCAAGUUGGAAGCGGCAGGAAGGCAAUGAUAGGAAGUCUAGGACGUGCAGCCAAUCCGGGGAGUGACCUCUUCGAUGUUAAGGGAAAGGAAGAUGCGACCAAGAAGAAAGCUAAGGUUAGCAAGCUGAAUGCUACCCUUGGGGGGAAGGUAGCCAUCCGAGAAGCUGGCGAGGCAGAUGCCACGAGUAGUAGCCGUCUCAAAGGCGACACAAACAAGACAGUCAGCGGAUUGAAAAAAGGAGCCGUAAAGAAAACAGAAGUAGAACCCAUUUUGACAUCUACCCAGAGUAGUAUCCCCAAGGAGAGUAAAGAAAAAAUGUCCUCCAUUAAGGGGCAGCUGGACGAAGGAAUUUUGUACCCCCUUGGACAUGCCAAGUAUGGAACCAACACAAAACAGUCAGUCCUCACCUCCUCGAUGAUAAAUAAAUCUUCGGAGAGGAAAAACCACCUUGCUAAGUACGCACAAAGAUAUGGCACCCCGGGGGAGGAGGAAGAAGACGAAGAAGCGGAAGAGGAACAGGUGGACUACCUCGAUGUGGGUGACGAGGAUGAUAUUGAGGAGGACGAUGAGGAGGAUGCAGACUUGGACGUUGAAGACGACGAGGAGGAACAGAAGCGGGACCUAGCAGCUUUCGGGGAAGAUCCAGAAGAAUCAUACGAAGAUGUAGAGGUGGCGGCGCAGGCCGGUGCGGAGAUUGCCAAACUGAGCAGAGGAAACGAACGAGGGGCAACAAAAGGUGCCGCUUACUCUAAGAGGGACGAAGUGGCAUUGCUGAAAAGAUCACAGGGUAUAGGAAAACCGGUAAACAAGGUGACUGGACAUCACGAUCCUGAAUCCAACGGAACGAAUGCCACCUUAAAAAAAAGCAACAAACUGAAGAACGAAGAUGAGGAUGUGCACAAAGGGAGCAUCAAUGCUAGUCGCGUUGGGAACGGAGCAGGCGAGGGAGGCACCCAAAUGCAGGCAGCAAAUGACAGCUCGGCCAGAAAGCAGCAGAUUGCCUCUGCAGAUGGUGGUAAAAAGGAAUGGACGAAACAAAAGGGCGCUAUCACGACCACAGCAGCAGCCGCCGGGAUGAGCAGCACCGGUAAGGAGGCGGAAGAGAAAGUAGCCAACGCGAAGGAAGGCGAUGGGAAGGACCACGUUACUUCCAAAACAGCUGAAACGACGGACGCGAACAAGACCAAGAAGAAUAGAAGCGAUGGAAGCAACAAUGUCUGGAAGGUAGACAGCGAGGACAAGUGCCCCAAGAUGGAGAACAUCCUCAAGGAGGAGAAAACCCUUAACGAAAACUCGAAAAAGAAAAAGAAGGAAAAGGAGACAAGCAGCAAAGUGGACCCGAAUAGCUGGGUCUUCCGAGUGAUGAAGAAUAACGGAGGGGCCAACUCGGGCGAAAGUGGAACUCCCGCGGGCGGCACUCAGAAGGUGCAACAGGGAGAGAAGUCUGCCCAUGGGGCGAAGCAUUCCGAUGAGGUGAAGCAUGGCGAUGGGUCGAAACCCACUGAGGAAGGCGAAACGGAUGUGGAGACUCAAGAGGAAGAAGCGGAAGAACAGGAGAUCAACGCUAAUGACAAAAAGAUUAUAAUUCAUAAUAUACACAAAAGCAUGGAUAAGAAAAAGAUUAAUGACUGCAUAAUAGAUCGACUGAAAAACUACAACGAUGGGCAUGCCGUCCAGAUCGACAUAUAUCAGCGCUCAGCUAAGAAGCUCUUUCCCAGUUCGUUCAGCUCUGCUAACUACGACAAGGGGAAGGCGGCCGAGAACUAUUCCUACGCCAUCGCUGAGUUGGACUGCCGACAGAGCCAAAAGCUCCUAUUAGACCUGGGCCUCUACUGCAACGGUAUAAAAUUGAGCAUUGAAAAUUUUAAAGAAAAAAGAAAGAUGCCCGAAGCUGCCAAGAGGAGCAAUAGGAAGUUCAACGGCUUCGGAGGCGGCGCGCCUCUGAACGCGUCCAAGGCGAGGGAUGAUCGCUAUAGGAACUCCUUCCGAGGCUCCUCCUCCACCGUCACGACGAUGGGCGUGGUGUCGUUCAGGAGCAAGAGGAACAACAUUUUUGUCAAGUGA